UUCUGUAAACUCUCAGCAGAGCAUUUCACAGAAAAAGCUCCAACUCUCUCGGCUCUCUCUCUCUCUCUUCCUCUUCCUCUCCAAUGGCUAAAAUGUCUGUGCUUCUGGGUUUCUUUGUGGGUUUUGUUUUGCUUGGUUUGGUUAGCUCAAGAAACUUUGAAGAGCUAUACCAGCCUAGCUGGGCUCUUGAUCAUUUUACUCAAGAAGGGGACACUCUCAAGCUCAAGCUUGAUAACUAUUCUGGUGCCGGAUUUGGAUCAAAGAGCAAGUACAUGUUUGGGAAAGUCUCAAUGCAAAUUAAACUAGUCGAGGGAGACUCUGCUGGAACUGUUACUGCUUUCUAUAUGUCAUCAGAUGGUCCAAAUCACAACGAGUUUGAUUUUGAGUUCCUGGGGAACACCACAGGUGAACCCUACCUGAUCCAAACCAAUGUGUAUGUGAAUGGCGUAGGUAACAGGGAACAGAGAAUGGACCUCUGGUUCGACCCCACCAAGGACUUUCACACUUAUUCAGUCCUAUGGAACCAGCGCCAAGUUGUAUUUUUGGUGGAUGAGACCCCAGUUAGAGUGCACACCAACUUGGAACACAAAGGAAUUCCCUUUCCUAAGGAUCAACCCAUGGGAGUGUACAGUUCAAUAUGGAAUGCAGAUGACUGGGCCACACAAGGUGGCCGGAUCAAAACUGACUGGAGCCAUGCACCCUUCGUAGCCUCAUACAAGGGCUUUGAAAUCGAUGCGUGCGAAUGCCCAGUAUCAGUAGCAGCAGUUGAUAAUGCAAAGAAAUGUAGCAGCAGUGCCGAGAAAAGGUACUGGUGGGAUGAGCCUACAAUGUCCGAGCUGAGUUUGCACCAAAACCACCAGCUUUUGUGGGUUCGAGCCAAUCACCUCAUCUAUGACUACUGCGCUGAUGCUGCUAGGUUCCCAGUCACUCCCACAGAGUGUGUGCAUCACCGCCACUAGUUGAUGGUUGGGUUUUGGUUGUUUGGCUAUGAAGAAGAAGAUGAUGAUGACGUUCUGGUUGUGUAAAAAAAGGGGUCGGAAAGUUCAUAGUCAUAAACAUGAACUCCAUGUUGUUUUGUUCGUUGUGGUUGUAGAUUGUAUGAUAGUACCAAUAAGAUUAAUGUCAUUUGAAUUUCUAAAAUU